AUGGACGAGAUGAAUCUUGGUACAGAUCACCCAUUUCCGCCCCCACCGUUGUUAUCCAAGAUAACUUACAUUGCCAUGCUGUGCCAUAAAGCUCUGAUGGUAGACACCCUGACGAAAAGGUCGCGCUUCCCAAAUGAUGACUACGGUAACCUUUACAGUACUUGUGAUGUUGUCCCCAUGGAUUGUGGACGAGAAGAGGUUAGGGAAUUUCUGGCUCUGCGUCUAGUCACCAAGUGUUGCGUUCCGACACUCGAUUCAUUCGACAUCGACGCAUCCGAUUCCCCGAUAAUGAAAGUCAUGAUUCAUAUGGUCUGGGAGUUGGUUUGGGAUAUGUGGUCCUCCGCUACGACAUGCAGCAGACGUUCUGAUUAUUUUGAUGAAACAUUCAACAGUCCCAGAGCGCAAGAUAAAGUUUGUUCGUAA